AUGCUUACAACAGCCACGGCUGCUCUCACCACCUUCGGUUCCACCUCGCCCGACAACAUGAAGUGCUCUUACGGGGAAAGGGGCUCUCUCACCGCCACGUGCUUCAACGCCAAUCCCCCCUACUUCAGAGCCACCCCCUACCGCUUCGACCAACUCGACGAAACAGUCAAAUGCCAAAACUGCACCUUGAAGACCAUAGAAGCAGGCACUUUCGACAUAUCUGGCAACCAGAUCAAAAUACUAGUCCUCAAUGACAGCAAAAUCGAAAACAUUCGCCCUAAAGGCUUCGUAGGCCUCAUAUUCUUAGAAGAGCUAGUGCUCAGCCACAACGAAAUACGCUCCAUUUACCCUAACACCUUCAUCGGAAUCAAGAAGAUCAAAUCCAUCGAUCUGUCCCACAACCAAUUGAACAUCCUCUCUGACGACGGUUUCUUAGAAUUAGUGAACAUGGAGGAACUCAACCUAGAAACCAACUCCAUACAAACCAUAGCAGCGUACGCUUUCCAUGGCCUCAGCAAACUGAAGAACCUCAACCUGAAGAACAACAAAAUCAGAGAGCUGCAAAAGGUCCUCACCAACCUCACCUCCUUGCAGCUGUUGAACCUGGAAAACAACCACUUGCAAAGCCUCAACGGCGACGAAUUCCUCAAUCUAACCUCUCUAUCCGAGCUGAACUUAUCCAAUAACAAACUAGCAUCACCCGUCAUCGAAUUGAAACCCAAUAACCAGCUGAGAAGCCUCCAGCUCAGAUCCAACCUCAUCGUUUCGCUAGCUCCACAAUUCCUCAAGGGGCUACAUGCUUUAGAGCUGCUAGAUCUCAGCUACAACCAGGUUGGGACUGUAGAACACAAGGUUCUACACAGCCUAUUCAGCCUGAGGGAUCUCAAUUUGGCGUACAACGGUCUGCGCAGCUUACAAACAGGCACUUUCUCGGCUUUGCCGCAGCUGGAGGUGCUCAAUUGCUCCCACAACAGCAUCGUGGUGGUGGAAAUCACUGGCGUGUUUUCCUUGCACAGCUUGCAUGCUCUAGACCUGUCCCACAACCUCAUGACUGACUUGGACUACGUGGCUUUGAUUGAUAGGCUGCCGAGGCUGUCUUACCUGAGGCUGGAGCACAAUUUGCUGCCUUGCGGCUUGGAGGACGAGAUGGAAACAUAUUUUCAAGAGGACAACUUCAAGUUCGUCCUCAGUGAAGCUGGUAACGGAACUUCGAUGUGUCUGGACGAACCGCCGAAGAAAUCCUUGCAGGUGGUAGAUGUUGUUGCUGCUUCAGCGGAAAAUUUGUCUUCUAGAGUCACGGGGGCAGAGAUCACCAUUAUGGUGCUUAUGAGCGUGGUGUUUAUGUGCAUUGGGUUCUUGUUCUUCAUGCAGUAUCGCACCUACCAGGAGGUGAGAUCGAGAAGCAGCAAAAGGAGUAUUUCCACCUCGCAUUUGAUGGCUGCUGAGGCAGAAAGGAACGAAGACGGAUAUCCGUGA